CCAGAGGCAGGGGGCUGGCAGGGGGACUCUGACAGUUGUAAUGGAUUUUAUCAGAAUUUCUCCAAAGGCUCGACUGUUUUGUCUUCAAUUAUUAAUGCUUUGCAGAGGGGUUGUUUGCCCCUCUUUCUGAGAGAUUAUGGCAGAAGAGGUCCAAAAAUAUGUGAAAAUGAAUCCUGUGUGUAGGAGAGGGACACAUUCUUGAUGAUGGAUUAUUGACUGAAGCACGUUCUGGCUGAACAAUCAACUAUGCACCAUCUCUUUGGACUCGUUUUGGGACAAAAGGAUCUUUCCCGUGCAGGGGACCUCUUCUCCUUAGACGAUUCUGAAAUAGAAGGAUGUCUGUCAGAAGCUCUGGAGCAAAUAAAAACUAUUAGUUCAUCUCCAGACUACCAAACGAAUGACAAUGACCAGGCUGUUGUGGAGAUCUGCAUCACUCGAAUCACAACGGCCAUCAGGGAAACAGAAUCCAUAGAGAAGCAUGGGAAGGCCCUUGUUGCACUCUGGGAAUCUUGCUUAGAGCACAAUCUGAAACCUUCGGGGAAAGAUGAAGAUACACCACAUGCAAAGAUUGCUUCUGAUAUUAUGAGCUGCAUUUUGCAGCAGAAUUAUAACCGUCCUCCCAUCAUGGCGUUGGCUGUCCCCAUCGCAGUCAAGUUUCUGCAGAGGGGUAACAAAGAACUGUGCAGGAACAUGUCGAGUUAUCUUUCCCUUGCUGCAAUUAGCAAAGCAGAUCUGCUGGCCGAGCACACAGAAACCAUUGUAAAAAGUGUCCUGCAAGGGAACGCAAUGUUGCUACGCGUAUUACCCUGCUUGUAUGAAAAGCAAUCACAGCCAAUUAACAGCCACCUGAAGGAUCUGGUAUCGCUGAUGUCUCAUCUGGAGCAGCCUGAACAGCAGCACCUUUUACGGCUUUUGCUUAUAGUUGCAAAGAAAAAACAACCAGAGGUGCUCAAAGAAUGUAUCCCUACUCUCACUGGUCACCUAACAGAUCCCCAUCAUAAUGACCUCAUCCUAAAUAUACUGAUAGAAAUAUCGGACUAUGAACCAGAAGUAUUGACCAAUUUGCUUCCAAUACUGAAGGAGAUUGGGGAGAGUUUCCCAAGUCUGAUUGGACAAACUGCAAAGAUCUAUGGAGCGGUUGGGCAUGUUGAUGAGGAAAGAGCCAGGAUCUGCCUGAUCUACUUGGUUAAUCAGCUGGCUAACAUGGAGCAUUCAUUUCACCAUAUUCUUCUGCUGGAGAUCAAGCACAUCACAGACACCUUCUCCAAUAUCCUGGGCAUCCAGAGCAGAGACAUUUAUCGUAUGAGCAACAGUUUCACAGCCAUAGCGAAACUUCUUAUCCAACAGCUGGAAAACAACGCCACCGCCGAGAGCAGGGUAGAAGAUGUUGCUGAAACAGAAUCUCCUUCUCAGCUGGAUGACUUAAAACCCACUAUGAAUGGGAAUGAAGACGAUGAAAAGCUUCAGGUUAAAAAACAAGCUUUUGAAGAGAAAAUAAACAUCGACAGCAGUACUCCUGGCUCUGUACGCCGGUAUAGUCUUGGCCAGGUUUCUAAAGAAGAAAGGAAGGACAUGAGGUUUAACAGGUCCAAAAGUCUAGCUUUGCAUGCUGUCCGUUUGAGGAGUGUUCAUUCUGACAAUGGACAAGAGAUGGAGAAUGGAGAUGUUACAGCCGGCAUCUCUUUCACAGAUAUCUAUCUGAGCCAAGAAGCCGACAAAUUGCCUUCCAGCGCAGACACUGAAGAGUCGCAGCUGGAACAAUCUUCACUUUCACACCUAAGUAUCAAAUGUACAGAACCAGAGAAUCUGCCAGAACCCGUUAAAGAAAACUGCCAUGAAGGAAGCCUGAAGACAAUACAGAAUCCUGCCGAGUAUCAAGAUAAGCUUUACUUUCACUUAAAGGAAAAUCUCUCUAAAGUGAAAGCAUAUGUCAUGGAGAUGGGGAAGAAAAUUCCUCUGCCAGACGAGUGUGUUAUUGAAGAUACCGUCAGAAGUUGUGUAGCAAAGUUGUUCUUCAGCUGUCCCCUGAAAGGACAUUACUGCCUGUACAGUAAAUCCUGUUUUACUCUCAUCAGUCAACAGCCUCAGCUUUGGAUCCACAUCAUGUUUCUCUUUCGGCAGAGCUUGUUCCCAGAAGCUUUCUCCAUGCAAAAUAAUUCAGUGCAAGCCUUGAAAGCCUUGUGGGAGAAAACCCAGCUGAAGGGAACACACAGCUUCGAAACUGCAAUGGUUCAGUCUACAUUUCCACACCAAAAGGAUCUGGACCAUGUGCGGAUACAUCUGGAAGAAGUGAGGUUCUUUGAUUUAUUUGGUUACAGCGAGGAAGCAGGGGCUUGGCAGUGUUUCAUGUGUAACAACCCUGAAAAAGCAACAGUCGUUAAUCAAGAUGGCCAACCCUUAAUUGAAGGCAAGCUGAAAGAAAAGCAAGUCCGGUGGAAAUUCAUCAAAAGGUGGAAAACCCGCUAUUUCACGCUUGCCGGGAAUCAGCUUCUCUUUCGCAAAGGGAAAUCUAAAGAUGACCCAGACGACUGCCCCAUUGAGCUCAGCAAGGUCCAGAGUGUCAAAGUGGUGGCCAAGAAACGCAGGGACCGCAGCCUCCCUCGGGCCUUUGAAAUAUUCACGGACAGUAAGACCUACGUUUUCAAGGCCAAAGACGAGAAGAACGCGGAGGAAUGGCUCCAGUGCAUUAACGUAGCAGUUGCCCAAGCGAAAGAAAGGGAAAGCAGAGAAGCAACCACAUAUUUGUAAGAACUCCGGGCCUGUUUAUAUGAUUCACAAGGCUAGCACACACGAAUAUGUCAAAUAUCUCAUCAUCUGAGUCACAGAAAGGGGGGGGAGGCGGUAUCAGACCUCAUUGAUAAUACUGCUCAAGCUGGGCGCCGUUGCAACAUCCCUUGUUUACGAGGAGUGGCGCGGGGAGUAAUGCAACUAAUGCCAUGUGCAUUAUAGUUGCUUCAGGCUGACAAAUGCGCAUCCAAUCUUUCCUGUUCUACAGCGGCUGCAUUCAGGCAGCACUUUAUUCUAUUUUCUCGACGUUUUCGCACCGGAACAUUUUUGCAUUUUAUGUGAUCACACACACUUCGGGAAAUCUAGCAGAAUCUAGUGGAAGUUCAACACUCGUUUCCACAUUAAUUGCUUCCAGGAAGAAAAAAUUAAAAAACCAUUUGCAGCCUUGUUAACCCCUUGGAAAAAUUAUGGGAGUCUUGUGCUGUCAUUUCACGGAUCCCACCACUGGCGCUCACGUGAAAAGGUGGUGCUUUUCUGGCAUACUUUCAUCUUCCACUAUUUUCAUGGGUGAACAGAAGCACGCAUGCUCAAAAAGGAUGCGAUGCAUCCAGUGGUGUUUGCUUUUGUGUUACGACUCAGCCAUUGAUGCCAAUGGAAUUUAGCACAGCAUGGUGAUAUAUCUGUCAAAAGGCUGCAGUUCUGUAGUGCAGCCGGUAAUGCAGCAUAAAAGGAAUGUUGGAAACAGGGACAGGAGCAUUACAACCAGAAAACUACCACAAUAAUCCCCACAUCCCCGAGCUUGUUCGGGGGACCGAUGCAUUUCUGUGCAUAGAACGUACAUGAACACUACAGAAGCAACAUCUUGAUCCUCGGAUAAUACCUACAGAUGUACAUAAGAUUGCCUUUGUCCUGAGUAUUGUUUAAGUAGCAUGCAAUUGAAAUUGGUUCAUGUGUGGAGUGACACAGUGCCUGGACCCUGCUUUCCAGGGGCAGUAUGACCUCUGCCAACCAUGUCUUUCUUGAAGUGCGCCCUGAUGAUAUUAAUGGCUCUUAUUAUCACCACCAUCUCAACAGCCUUUUUUGACUGCACUUUGGGUGGAUGUAGGACCCACUCAAUGUGGGCUUUGCACAUGUUUUGCCCUGAUAUCACUGCAUGUAUCUCGCCUUCCUGCCACCUUCUUUGCCUCCAGCCUGCCACCACGAUAGCACCCAACACAAACUCAGGACUGCUCACUUGAUACUAACAAGAUGGUGACAGGGUGAGGAGAUCUUCCCAGGCCACACCCAUUGGGCCGGAUUCAGCGAAGCUGUUCCAGCAGCAAAAGCCAAUGCAAGGACUCCCAGUGAUGCAACUAGGCUUUCUCCCCACCAUGCAACCCCUAUGCCCCCCCAAAAUUUAUUCAAGAGGGUUGGGAGAACCCCCAGAACAGCAUGUAGGAGAAGCAGAAAGGAAGUGAUUCCAUCAGGCAAGCAGAAAUGCUUGUACUGAUGGUACAAUCUCAUCAGAGGUCUGUUGAAUUCCACCUAUUAAUUGAAAUUGGGCCCGGAAUGUUUUGAGGAUAGUCACAGGCGUGCGAGCAACAGAGAUUGUAGGUUAUGAAAGCACUGGAGGUCGACAGGAUCUUCUGUCCAUCUGCCUCACCCACUGGGGUACGUAAAGGAGAGUAAACUCAUUCAAGCCAGUACAACGCAGGAAUUAAAACUUUUGCUGAACUUGCUGCAGUCAAUGCAGCUUCCUUAUAAACCUCAGCUGCAAACCCGUUCUGGUUUCCAGGGAAGGGGGGUGCGGUGGGUGUGGU